AUGGGCGACAAAGACGAUGUGGAUACUCGGUUAGAGUUUAUGAGCGAAUAUAUUUUAAGAUCUCUGAAACAAAAAAUCGAAAAGUGGACAAAAUUUAUCACAGGAGAUGAAAGGCACAUUCUUUUCAAGUUUUUCGAGAUGCCAAAGUUCGAUAUAAUCGUAUUUCGUAUGAACACUGCCGGGUUACUAACUUGCGCUACUAACUUUCCACCUAUAAGCAGAGGGAAAAUGAUUUACUUUUUACGAAACAUAGAUGACAAAAUAACGCAAAUAAAUUUUCGUAAGGCACUUACAAUUGGUGAAAUUUCUGGCAACGUCUUAAUGGAUUUAAGUGUGAUGGCCGACGAAGUCAUCGGACCUUUGCUUUGUAAUCCUGAGAACCAGAAAGGUUGGCCGAAGAUAGUUAAGAAUGACAUGAAGAGACAUGUGAAUGAAUUGAGGAAUUUGAUGCAUCAACUUAAAGGAGAAAUGUCUAGCCAAAUAAUGCUUCCGAUGCCAGAAGGCGUUGAAAAUAUAUAUCACGCAGAAGCUAGAUUGAAAGAAAGUGAUUCAGAAGACGUCGAUUUACAGUUGAAAACAAAUAUUGAAGGAGCAAUCAUAAAAUGGGCCCAGCAAGUUCACGAUCUUCUGCAGGAAGAUUCCUAUAUCGCGUUCAAGAGGACAAAGUUUCCUCUUCCGACAGCGGAUAUUGAGUUCUAUUCGCACAGACUGCGUAACUUGGAAGGAAUAUAUUCUCAGCUGCGUGACCCGCGCGUGAAAAGGAUGGCUCACUAUUUGGAGUCCACUAGCAGCGUGUAUCUCGCUUGUUUCAAGUCUAUGCUUACUAACGUUGUAGCUGCUAUAAUCGAAUGCAGAGAUAUUUACGUAUAUCAAAAACCUUUAAUUCAACAUUUUGAAACUUUCGAAGGAACAGACUUUUUUGAUGCUAAAUCUCUGAUAAGGCCAAUGUUUCACUGCAUCGGGCUACUUUGGGGCAGCUCACGUUACUACUGUAAUGUGGAAAAGUUAAUCCCACUUUUACGCGAAGUAUGUAAUUUAGUGAUCCAGCAAUGCACUAACUCGAUCGAUCCUUUAUCCAUAUUUCAAGGAGACGCAGACGAACAGUUACUAAAACUGAGAAAGGCUAUGGGUAUUCUUGACCAUUUUAUUGAGACGUAUGAGAUGAAUCGUGACAAAGUUCAUACAUUUUUCCCUCCGGGCGUGAUGCCCGUGCGUUGGUCUUUCGACUUUGACCGCGUCUUCAUGCGCUUCAAUACUUAUAUGAAGAGGCUUAAAAUGAUUGAAAAUAUCGUCGAGGCUACCGUUGAAAUACUGAAAUUGGAAAAAGUAGAGUUUUCGGGACUUAGAGGCAAGAUAUUGAGCACAGAAUGUAUAAAGGUAUUGGAAGAAUAUACUAUAAUUUACCAAAACCUUGGUAACAUUACCUACGAUCCUGCCGAUCCUGAAGAUACAAGGUUUCUAACAGAUUAUGACAAGCACAUGUUAGUUCUAGAGGACGUCGAUCGGCGACUCGCUUCCCUUUUCUCGCAGGGUUUAGACGAGUGCCACGAUUUGGAACAUUUUUUUAAGUUCUUUCAAAUUAUUGGAGAUUUAUAUCACCGCCCAAUUAUUAAGAAGGAAUUAAAACCAAAAGUAGCUAAAGUACUAGAUUUUAUGCACUCAAACAUUGACGCUGUUAAAGAAAUAUUUGAUGAAGAAAUGGCGAAAUUUAAUCCAAAAGGCGUUGAAAGACCAAUGGUAGAUCCUUACCUGCCCCCUGUGAGCGGUAUAUUAUGGUGGAUUCACAAGUUGAGAAAAAGAAUUCAACUACCUAUGGAGGAUUUUAUUCUUUUUGAAGAUCCGAUUAGAGACACGGAAAACGCGAUUUAUCUCAGACAGAAACACAACGAGAUGUUAGGCUAUUUGAAUCAACUUGAGGAUCGGCAAUUUAAGCAGUGGUGUACAACUGUCCCGAACAUUUGUAAAACCCAUCUCGCAAAAAAUCUUAUAUAUCGCGAUCCUCCCUUUGUAAGAAAUAAUUUCAGCCCCGAGCUGGUGAUGUUGUUACGAGAGAUUCGGUAUAUGAAGUAUUUGGAGAAACAAGGAAUUCCACAGGAUGGUUUAGAUUUAUAUGCGAGAAAUGAAAAGUUGCAGUACGACAUGAAUCGUCUUAAUCGAGCCAUUGCGUGGUACAAUGCGAUACGCGAGGGAAGUCAUGAAACAGAAGUAGCUUUGAUAGAAAAAGAGAUAUCGGCGAUAGAUCAUCUUCUCGGACGAGGUGUCGAGGAGCUCACGUGGAAUGAUGACUUCACAGAAUGGAUGGCAGAAGUAUAUACUGCAAUAAAUACGCUUCAAGAAAGAGUGCUAACAGCUCAAAACAACGUCAGACGUGGACUAUCGAAUAUAGCGGCAUGGGGAGACAAGCCGCUGCAUAACCGCAAAGAAAAUCCUCAAAAACUAGAACUUUUGGCUGUAAAUGAACGCCAUCCUAGACUAGUUGUGCGGCGAAAUAAAAUCAUUCAAAGCCAUGCUGAAUUUGAACAAAUUUUGAAGGACAACUAUAAACUUUUCUUCAAUAUUCAGGAAGAUGAAGAGUCAGACGAAGAAGAAGAAGAAUUAGAAGAAGUCGAUGAAUCAACUAUGGACGAAGAAGAGCGUCUAGCUCGAGCUCAAAAGCUACAAGAAAUAAUGGAACAGCGUGAGGCUAAGCGUCUAGCUAGAGAAGAGAGAGAGAAAGAAAAGCAAGAAAUAGCACAAGCUAAAUUUGAGAGAAGAGAAGCAAGACGUCUGAAAAGAGAAGCUAAAGAGGCUGAAAGACAAGAGAGACAGACACGUCGUGACGCAGGCGAGGAAGUUGAAUCGCCAGCAGAGGAAGAAGAGGAACUAGAUCCAGAAGAAUUAGCUGAUAUCGAAGAGGAACGUCGAGAGAUGGAGGAAGAAGCAUUUCGCGCUGCUCGAUGGCCAGCUUAUGUGCAGUACAUUGAUAGUCUGGUGUCUACUCAAGUAAUGAAAGCAAUUCAGGCUAGUCUUGAUCUCUUUGAAAAACAAACGGAUUUAGAAAAAGGUCCUAGAGUCGCGUUUUUGGAAGUAGUUGCCGAAUUAAGAGAUCCAGAUAUUUAUUUCUCACCGUCCCUAGAACUCGAGGAUUCAGGUGGUUUGUAUGACACCCUUCGUGAAAUGAUGAAGGACAUGUUUCUGCAAGCAACUAUGUUUCCUCGAAUUGAUCCUAUAGUACCUAUUCCUACUUAUGAAGAGGAUAUAAGAAAAGAAGAGGCAAUGAUUGACCUUUAUCAUGAAAUAUUGAAGAGAGUAGAAAAUAGUAUAACUGAUGUUGUACAAUAUGCGUCCAAAUAUGAGAAGUACGCUCCGCUCUGGUUAGAAGACAGACAAGAGGUGUUGGCUAGCUUUUUAAAAUAUGGCCGUGUGAUACCGCCUGAGGAAUUUGACAAAUAUCGUUACGACAACGGUUGUGACCCACCUGAAACUAAACCUAAGCUCGAACAGUACCAAAAAGAGAUUGACAAAUUCAAUACGUUAUAUGCUGAAGUUUCGGAGUUACCAUCGGACUAUUUGUGUAAUGGUUGGUUAAAAUUGGACUUGAAAAGAUUAAACCAAGCGAUUAUGAAUAUAAUUUGUAAAUGGAGUAAUCUUUACAAACAAAAUUUAAAGGAUCAUGUGCAAACUAGUCUCAACGAUUUAGAAAAGUUUAUUGCAUAUGCUUCAAAAGAACUAUCGGUUGAGUUAGAAGAGGAUGACUAUGAGGGCCUACUAAAGGUAAUGGGAGUCCUCAACGAAGUAAAAGCUAAACAGGAUGCCGGCACCGACCAUAUGUUUGAACCACUGAGAGAUAUAAUAUAUGUUCUUAAGGAAUACGGUGUCGAAUUUCCAGAAGAAACAUAUGAGCAGUUGGAUGUGCUGCCGGAGAAGUGGCGUAACCUGGUGAAGCAGGCGACUGUGAUGAAGAACGAAGUCGCGCCGAUGCAAGCGGCACAAGCAGCGCUCAUCGCGAAGCGCGUCGCUCUCAUCAACCUACGUCUCACUAUGUAUCGCGAUCAGUUCAAGCUGAAAGAGAUAUUCCUUGAAAAUUGUAAGGAACCCUACAGACAAAUUGACAAAGUCCACCACGAGCUUGAGCAUUUUGAAGAAAUUGUAAACAACUUGAAAAAAUCUUGCGGACUGUUUGACAUACAGCCACCAGACGAAAAGAAUCUGAAGCAGUGUCGACGAGAAUUAAAACUGGCAAAACAACUCUGGGAUUAUUAUAAUUUGGUAAUGGGUACAAUUGAGUUCUGGAAAAAGUCUCCAUGGAAAAAGAUUGAUGCUGAUGGCAUGGAUCAGGAAUGCAAACGAUUUACUAAAGAUUUACGACAGUUGGACAAAGAAAUGAGAGUAUGGGAACCUUACCUUUCCAUAGAAGGAACUAUAAAGAAUUUAAUGACGUCACUAAGAGCAGUUACGGACCUUCAAAAUCCAGCCAUUAAAGACAGGCAUUGGGUUGAAUUAAUGAUGGCAACUAAGGUUAAAUUCCAUAUCGAUGAUGAUACAACACUGGCUGACUUGCUAGCAUUGAAUCUACAUAAAUAUGAGGAAGAAGUUAAGACAAUAGUAGAUAAAUCUGUGAAGGAGGCUGCCAUGGAAAAAACUUUGAAGGAACUGGAAUCAACUUGGGCUGUUAUGGAAUUCGAGUAUUUGGCUCAUGACAGAACAGGUGUUAAGUUGCCAAAAGCAAGUGAAGAGCUCGUCGAAACUCUUGAAGAUAAUCAGAAUCAAGUCCAAAAUAUGAUGUCAUCGAAGUUCAUUGGUUACUAUGAAGAGGAAGUAACAGCGUGGCAGAAGAAGCUGGGAACAGCUGAUGCCGUUAUAGCUCUAUGGUUCGAAGUGCAACGUAAGUGGCAGUACCUUGAGAGUAUAUUCGUUGGUUCAGAUGACAUAAGAGCUCAGUUGCCUGAAGAUUCUAGGAGAUUUGACACAAUCGAUAGAACAUUUAAGGAACUACUGAAAGAUAUAGGUGCAACACCAAACGUAGUGCAAGCUACGAAUAAACCUGGUCUUCUGGAUAAAUUGGAAGAAUUAAUGGCAGCACUAAAUCUUUGCGAGAAAGCUCUUAACGAUUAUUUGGAAACAAAACGUUUGGCAUAUCCUCGUUUCUAUUUUGUAUCUUCAGCAGAUCUACUUGACAUUUUGUCUAAUGGGAAUAAUCCACCUGCGGUAUGUCGCCAUUUGUCGAAAUUAUAUGACAAUUUAGCAAAGUUGGUUUUUACAAAACCGGGUAGCAAACAAGCUUUUGAAAUGAUUUCUAAAGAAAACGAAGAACAUGUACCAUUUAAAGCUCCAUGCUGUGACUGUUCUGGCAAGGUCGAAGUGUGGUUGAACCGUGUGACGGAUUGCAUGCGUUACACGCUCCGCGAUAUCUUCGAGCACAGUGUGAAGUCGUACGAAGACAAGCCUCGCGACGAGUGGGUGUUCGACUGGCCGGCGCAGCCCGCGCUCGUUGGCACGCAGAUCUGGUGGACCACAGAGACAAACCAGGCGUUUGAGAAACUUGAAGAAGGUUAUGAAAAUGCUCUCAAAGACUAUCAAAAAAAACAAAUUGCGCAACUAAAUGCACUGAUUGUUUUGCUGUUGGGCGAUUUGACAGUCGGAGAUCGUCAGAAAAUCAUGACCAUUUGUACUAUUGAUGUCCAUUCCCGAGACGUUGUGGCUAAACUUAUUAUUGCUAAAGUAGAGACAUCAGCUGCAUUUCAGUGGCAGAGUCAGUUGAGGCAUCGAUGGGAUUUAAAGCUGAACAAUUGUUUCGCUAAUAUAUGCGACGCACAAUUUCUUUAUGAUUAUGAAUAUUUGGGCAACACACCUCGACUUGUAAUUACGCCUUUGACGGACAGAUGCUAUAUAACUUUAACGCAGAGUCUUCAUCUAAUUAUGGGUGGAGCACCAGCCGGACCGGCAGGAACAGGCAAAACUGAGACCACAAAGGAUUUAGGUCGUGCUUUAGGUAUUAUGGUCUACGUAUUCAAUUGUUCCGAGCAAAUGGACUACAAAUCUUGUGGCAAUAUUUAUAAAGGAUUGGCUCAGACGGGAGCUUGGGGAUGUUUUGAUGAAUUUAAUAGAAUAUCUGUAGAAGUAUUGUCAGUCGUAUCGGUACAAGUUAAGAGUGUUCUCGACGCUAUUAAAGCAAAAAAGAAAAAGUUUGAUUUUAUGGGAGAAGUUAUCUCGCUUAUUCCAACGAUAGGAAUGUUUAUUACUAUGAAUCCGGGAUAUGCGGGAAGGACUGAAUUGCCGGAAAACCUUAAAGCUCUUUUCAGACCAUGUGCUAUGGUAGUGCCUGAUUUCGAACUGAUCUGCGAAAUUAUGUUAGUGGCUGAGGGUUUCCAGGAUGCUCGUCUGCUUGCUCGCAAAUUUAUCACACUAUACAUGCUCUGUAGGGAGCUUUUAUCGAAACAGGAUCAUUACGAUUGGGGUCUAAGAGCUAUUAAAUCGGUGCUUGUGGUUGCUGGGUCAUUAAAGCGAGGCGAUCGACUUAGACCUGAAGAUCAAGUUUUAAUGAGAGCAUUGCGUGAUUUCAAUAUACCUAAAAUAGUGACGGACGAUAUGCCAGUCUUUAUGGGAUUAAUCGGUGAUUUGUUCCCUGCACUUGACGUGCCUAGAAAACGAGAUUUAGAUUUUGAAAAACAUCUUGUCGAUGGCGCAAUUUCUAUGAAACUUCAACCAGAACCUGGAUUCAUUUUAAAGAUGGUACAAUUAGUAGAAUUGUUCGCUGUUCGACACUCGGUAUUUAUCAACGGGUUUGCGGGAACCGGCAAGUCUAUGGUAUGGCAAUGUCUCCAUAGAACUUAUCAGAUGUUGAAGAUGAAACCAUUUUAUAAUGACCUCGAUCCAAAAGCCGUUACAAACGAUGAGCUGUUUGGAAUCAUAAAUCCAGCGACGAGGGAAUGGAAGGAUGGUUUGUUUUCCACAAUAAUGAGAGACAUGGCCAAUAUGCCAGGAGAUGGACCAAAAUGGAUUGUUCUUGAUGGUGAUAUCGAUCCUAUGUGGAUUGAAAGCUUGAAUACUUUGAUGGAUGACAAUAAGGUGUUAACGCUAGCAAGCAACGAACGUAUUGCUCUUACAAAAUCAAUGAGGUUACUGUUUGAGAUAGCGACAUUAAGAACAGCUACCCCCGCUACUGUAUCCCGUGCGGGCAUUUUGUAUAUAAACCCUCAAGAUUUGGGAUGGAACCCAUUUGUAGCCUCAUGGAUUGAUACAACACGAGACGAUGAAUCCGAAAAGGCAAUGCUAACAGUCAUGUUUGACAAAUAUAUUCCUUCACUAUUAGAGUCGUGUAAGAAAUAUAAACGAAUAACGCCACUUAGUGAGCUACAGCAGAUUCAGUUAACGUGCUAUCUAUUGGAGUGUUUCCUGAACAAAAGCUUACUACCAAGUGACUGCCCAAAAGAAUGGUAUGAAACAUAUUUCGUAUUUUGUGUCGUCUGGGGUUUUGGUUCUGGUCUUUUUCAAGAUCAACUCGUGGAUUGGCGUAACGAGUUCAGUAAAUGGUUCUGCAACGAGUUUAAGCAGAUUAAAUUUCCGUCGACGGGGAAUGUCUUCGGUUUCUUUAUAGAUCCCGAGACCAAGAAAUUCUUACCUUGGGCGGAAAAAGUAGAGUCCUUUGAAUUGGAUCCUGAUAUACCUCUACAGUCAUGCUUGGUGUCAACGUCUGAAACUACUCGGAUCCGAUUUUUUAUGGAUUUGUUGAUAGCAAAACAGAAGCCUGUAAUGUUAGUAGGUAGUGCUGGAAGUGGAAAGACAGUUAGCGUAGCGGCAAAGCUAAAUUCUCUUUCUGACAAUUUUGCUAUUACGAAUGUACCCCUUAACUUUUAUACUACAUCAGAAAUGAUUCAGAAAGUGUUAGAAAAGCCUUUAGAGAAAAAGUCAGGGCGAAACUUUGGACCCCCUGGUAGUAAAUUUAUGAUUUACUUCGUGGACGACCUCAACAUGCCUGAAGUGGACACAUAUGGUACAGUGCAGCCCCAUACACUCAUAAGGCAGUUCAUGGAUUAUCGUCAUUGGUAUGACCGACAAAAACUGAGUCUUAAGGAUAUAUCAAAUUGUAUGUUUGUCUCCUGUAUGAAUCCAACUGCUGGUUCAUUUACCAUAGAUCCACGUUUACAGAGACAUUUCUGUACAUUUGCUGUGAGUUUUCCAGGACUGGAUGCAUGUUUUCACAUCUACAAACAGAUCCUAUCACAGCAUCUAGCUAAUCCUUUGAAUAAGUUUAACAUAACAGUGCAACGUUAUGCUGAACCGCUUGUCAACGCAGCCCUUGCCCUUCACACGAAGCUCGCGUCAACCUUUUUACCCACAGCCAUUAAAUUUCACUAUAUUUUCAAUUUGAGAGACCUGUCCAAUAUUUUUCAGGGCAUAUUAUUUACAACGGGCGAUGCUAUUAAAGCACAGUCAGAGUUAAUAAGGCUUUGGAUGCACGAAGCAACCCGUGUAUAUUCAGAUAAGUUGGUGGAUUCCAGUGAUAAUGAGAACUUCGCUAAACUAAUAACCGAUGUAAUUAAGAAAAACUGUGAGGACUAUGAUGAGAAUGUAGUAUUCGAAAAACCGUUAAUUUAUUGCCAUUUUGCUGAGGGUAUCGGUGAUCCUAAAUAUUUUCCAAUAAGGGAUUGGGCACAAAUCAAACGUUUGCUCGAUGAAUCUUUAUCAUCCUAUAAUGACCUUGUUGCCACAAUGAAUUUGGUUCUUUUCGAGGACGCAAUGUACCAUAUAUGCAGAAUAAAUCGUAUACUAGAAGCACCGCGUGGUAACGCCUUGUUAGUGGGAGUAGGAGGUUCUGGAAAACAAUCUCUAUCUCGACUGUCAGCUUUCAUAUCAUCAUUAGAAGUUUUUCAAAUCCAACUUCGCAAAGGAUAUAGUAUUAACGACCUUAAAGUGGACCUUGCUGCCUUAAACUUAAAAGCUGGAUUGAAGAACAUUGGAAAUAUGUUCUUGAUGACAGAUGCACAAGUAGCUGAUGAACGAUUCCUCGUACUCAUUAACGACUUAUUAGCUUCUGGGGAAAUUCCUGAACUUUUUGCGGACGACGAAAUUGAAAAUAUCAUUAAUGGUGUCAGAGGAGAGACAAAAGCAACCGGCGUUCAAGACACACGUGAAAAUUGUUGGAGGUUUUUCAUAAAUAGAGUUCGGACUAUGUUGAAGGUGGUGCUAUGCUUUUCUCCUGUAGGUGCCACACUUCGAGUACGUGCUCGUAAAUUUCCUUCAAUUGUUAACUGUACUGCAAUUAAUUGGUUUCACGAGUGGCCUCAAGAGGCGCUUCGAUCUGUGUCCAAGAGAUUUAUUUCUGAAGUGGAGUCACUACCGCCUCACCUCGUUGAUCCAGUUUCAUCCUUUAUGUCACACGUACAUCAAAGUGUAAAUCAAAUGUCAGCUAUGUACUUUCAAAAUGAACGUAGAUACAAUUAUACUACACCAAAAACGUUCCUUGAGCAAAUAUCGUUAUAUGGUAAAUUAUUAAAUGAGAAGACUAAAAAUCUAAAAAUGAUGAUAUACAGACUUGAAAAUGGUUUAGAAAAGUUAGCGUCUUGUGCUGCUGACGUAGCUGUAUUAAAGGUCACCCUUGCUGAACAAGAACAAAUACUAAAAGUUAAAAAUAAGGCAGCAGAAGAGCUAAUUGAAGUAGUUGGAGCUGAAAGUGAAAAAGUGUCAAAAGAAAAAGCAUUUGCUGCGGAGGAGGAAAAAAAGGUUAAAGUGAUUGAAGAAGAUGUAACAAUAAAGGCAAAGAUAUGUGCUGAUGAUUUGGCUAAAGCAGAACCAGCGUUGAUUGCAGCUCAAGAAGCUUUGAAUACCCUCAAUAAAAAUAAUUUAACAGAACUUAAGUCCUUUGGUUCUCCACCAGAUGCCGUUGUUAAUGUAACAGCCGCUGUUCUUGUCCUCUUUUCUAAGAAGGGUAAAAUACCAAAAGAUAGGUCGUGGAAAGCGUGUAAGCUGAUGAUGGCUAAAGUCGAUCAAUUUUUGUAUGACCUAGUUUACUACGAUAAAGAAAAUAUUCACCCGGAUGUUAUUAAGGCUGUCUUGCCAUAUAUCAAGAAUCCAGAAUUUAACGCUGAGUUUAUAAUGUCAAAAUCAGCAGCUGCAGCUGGACUUUGCGCUUGGGUAAUAAACAUCGUUAAGUUUUACGAUGUGUACGUUGUGGUGGAACCGAAGAGACGUGCUCUCAACGCGGCCAACGCAGAGUUGCAAGCUGCGAGAGAUAAGCUCGCAUUCCUUACAGAUCAGAUUAAGGAACUGGAAGAAAAGUUAGAAGAGUUAUUAAAGGCAUUCCAAGAAGCUGUUAACGAAAAAAUGAAAUGUCAAGCAGAAGCCGAUGCUACUAACUACACUAUUGAUUUAGCAAACAGAUUAGUAAAUGGUUUAGCUUCAGAGAAAGUCCGAUGGUCGGCAACGGUAGUAAAUCUAAAAGAAUCCGGAGUCAUGCUGCCUGGUGAUGUAUUAGUAGUGACAGCAUUUAUAUCCUACGUUGGAUGCUUUACGCGUCGGUAUCGGCUGCUCCUUAUCAAUGAGGAUUGGAUUCCAACACUUGCAAAAACUGAUCCUAAAAUUGAGACGACAGAGGAUUUAGAACCAUUGUCAAUGUUAACGGACGACGCGCAAGUAGCAGCUUGGAACAACGAGGGUCUGCCCACUGACACGAUGAGUACUGAGAAUGCUACAAUACUUACCAAUUCUGCACGAUGGCCACUUAUGAUUGACCCUCAGUUGCAAGGUAUCAAAUGGAUUAAAUCCCGGUACGGCGAUGCCCUUGUCGUGAUCCGUUUAACGCAGCGUAACUACUUGGACCGCAUCGAACGCGCCGUCAGCAACGGAGACGUCGUGCUGCUCGAGAACAUCGGGGAGAGCGUCGACGCCGUGCUCGAACCGUUACUCGGACGAGUGCUAAUACGGAAAGGAAAAGUUUUAAAGAUUGGUGACAGAGAAAUAGAUUAUCAUCCGAAUUUCCGACUUAUAAUACAAACAAAAUUAGCUAAUCCUCAUUAUCAACCUGAAAUGCAAGCGCAGUGCACUUUGAUAAAUUUCACUGUAACAAGAGAUGGGCUUGAAGAACAAUUGUUGGGAGAAGUAGUUAAAUCUGAAAGGCCUGAUCUAGAAACACUGAGAGCAGGACUUACAAAACAACAAAAUGACUUCAAGAUCACUUUAAAAAGUCUCGAAGAUGAUUUACUAAAACGAUUGUCUUCCGCGGGACCAGAUAUUCUUAGUGAUUCAGCUUUGGUCAUUAACUUAGAGACUACGAAGAAGACAGCUGCAGAUAUAGAAGUGAAAGUCGAAGAAGGAAAAGUGACUGCGGUCAAGAUUGAUGAGGCCCGAGAAAGAUACAGGCGAGCAGCUACACGAGCUUCAAUCUUAUAUUUCAUUUUAAAUGAUUUAUACAAAAUAAAUCCGAUGUAUCAAUUCUCCUUGAAAGCGUACAGCGUAGUGUUUAAAGACGCCCUUUUAAAGGCUGAGCCGUCUGAUGAACUGGACGUUAGGGUUGCCAACUUAUUGGAUAGCAUAACAUUUGCUGUAUUUGUUUACACAAGCCGUGGGUUGUUUGAAAAGGAUAAACUGGUUUUCUUGUUUCUGGUCACGUUGCAAAUAUUACAAGGUGAUGGAAAAGUAGAUCCACGGGAACUAGACUUCUUACUCAAAUAUGCAGUUGCUCCGGUCAACUCUCCAUACUCUUGGUUGUCCAAUAAUUCUUGGGGAGGAAUUGUAGCGCUGGCAAAAAUGGAUGCUUUUGAAAAUCUAGAUAAGGAUAUUGAAGGAGCUACAAAACGGUGGCAAAAGUAUACUGAUGGUGAAGCUCCAGAAAGAGACAAGUUACCAGGCGAAUGGAAGAACAAGACCUCGUUGCAACGUCUUUGCAUACUACGAGCUCUCAGACCUGAUCGCAUGUCUUAUGCAUCUGGAGCUUUUUGUGAGGAAAACCUUGGAACAAAGUAUGCAGAGGCUAGAACUCCACCGCUGGAAAAGUCUUUUGAAGAAAGUACAUCUACUACACCCAUGUUCUUUAUACUUUCACCAGGAGUUGAUCCUUUAAAGGACGUGGAGAAAUUAGGACGUAAACUCGGAUUUUCUACCGACAAAAAGAACUUCCACAUCGUCUCGCUAGGUCAAGGUCAGGAGGUGGUAGCAGAAGAGGCUAUGACUGUUGCCUCAGAGCACGGCCAUUGGGUCAUACUUCAAAAUGUUCAUCUCGUAGCGAAGUGGCUUUCGACGCUAGAAAAGAAGAUGGAAGAGACUUUUGAAAAUCCCAUUGAAGAUUAUAGACUAUUUCUAAGUGCUGAACCAGCGGCAGAUGCUGCAUAUCAUAUUAUACCGCAAGGAAUUCUAGAAUCUGCUAUUAAAAUUACAAACGAACCUCCAAGCGGCAUGUGGGCUAAUUUACAUAAGGCUCUAGAUAACUUCAGUCAAGAAACACUAGAAAUGUGUAGCAAAGAGGCAGAGUUUAAAGCUAUAUUGUUCGCUCUAUGCUACUUCCACGCUGUUGUUGCCGAACGACGUAAGUUUGGACCUCAAGGAUGGAACAGGGUAUACCCCUUUAACUUUGGUGAUUUGACGAUUUGCGUAUAUGUGUUGUACAACUACCUGGAGGCUAACCCUCGCGUGCCCUGGGAGGACCUUCGGUAUCUCUUUGGUGAAAUCAUGUAUGGCGGACACAUCACCGAUGACUGGGACAGGAGGCUUUGUAGAACCUUCUUACUGGAGUACAUGCAGCCGGAACUGGUUGACGGUGAAUUGACUCUUGCACCAGGAUUUAUAUCUCCACCCAAUUCAGACUAUGUAGGUUACCAUCAAUACAUUGAUGAUUUCCUUCCCGAGGAGACGCCUUACCUUUAUGGCUUGCAUCCUAAUGCAGAAAUCGGUUACUUGACCACUGUUUCAGAAAGACUUUUCAAGGUUGUAUUUGAAAUGCAACCACGUGAUACUGGAGCUCAAGCUGGUGGCGGUGCUAGUAAGGAGGAAAUGGUGCGAUACAUAUUAGACGAUAUAAUGGAUAGAGUGCCAGAACCAUUUAACUUGGUGGAGCUUAUGGGAAAAGUGGAAGAACUGACCCCAUUCACAAUAGUCGCGCUGCAGGAGUGCGAGCGUAUGAACCGGCUUAUGGGAGAGAUUAGAAGGUCACUGAAGGAAUUAGAACUCGGUCUUAAGGGUGAGCUAACAAUAAGCAGUGACAUGGAGAAUUUGAUGGAGUCAUUGUUUAUGGAUCACGUGCCCGAGUCUUGGACUAAAUUGGCCUAUCCGAGCUUAUUGGGUCUCGCCGCCUGGUUUUCAGACCUUUGCCUGCGGCUCACGGAGUUGGAGAAUUGGUCUGGAGAUUUCAAUCUCCCCCCAGCAGUUUGGCUGGCCGGUUUUUUCAACCCGCAGUCGUUCCUCACGGCCAUCAUGCAGCAGACGGCGCGCAAGAACGAGUGGCCGCUCGAUAAGAUGUGCCUCAACUGCGAUGUCACAAAGAAGAAUAGGGGAGAUUUCAACGCGCCGCCACGCGAGGGCGCCAAUAUCCACGGGCUGUACAUGGAGGGCGCGCGCUGGGACACGGCCACGGGUGGCAUUGUGGAGUCCCACAUGAUGGAGUUGUUCCCCAUGAUGCCCGUGAUCUACAUCAAGGCUGUCACACAGGACAAGCAGGAUACGCGCAACGUAUAUGAGUGUCCCGUCUAUAAAAUACGAAUGCGUGGACCAACGUUUGUUUGGACGUUUAAUUUGAAGACAAAGGACAAGCCAACACGCUGGACCCUCGCAGGAGUCGCGUUGUUGCUCGGAGUGUGACUCUUCAAUUACAUUAUUACUACUACUAUAUUUUAAUUGUUAAAAUUGAUUAUUAUAGUGUUUAUUUUAUUUAUGUCACAUUGCUGUGUAGAAUAAAGUAAAGGCGUAAAUAAAAAUAUUAUAAAA